CUGAAGUCCGGAUACCAUCAGAUUGCAAUCCGGCCCGAGGAUCAGCACAAAACCGCUUUUCAAACCAGGUACGGUCUGUACGAGUUUGUGGUGAUGCCUUUCGGCCUUUGCAAUACUCCUGACAUGCUAUGAAUCGGAUAUUCCAUGACUACUUGGAUAAGUUUGUCAUCGUGUACCUCGAUGACAUACUUAUUUUUAGUAAGACUGUCGAGGAGCAUGUUGCACAUUUGGACAAAGUCCUCAGCCUCCUGCGACAGCACAAGUUCAAGAUCAACGGUGAGAAGUGCGAGUUUGGCCGCACCCGUGUCUUGUACUUGGGCCAUGAGAUAUCCGCGGAAGGGUUAAAGCUCGAUGACGCGAAGGUGGCCAGCAUUCGUGAUUGGCCACGUCCUCAGUCUGUGACUGAGAUGAGAUCUUUCUUAGGAAUGACAGGCUACUAUAGGACUUUCGUUAAGAACUAUAGCAUAAUGGCCGCUCCUUUAACUGAUCUGACCCGCCUUGACACCCCAUGGGAGUGGACAGGUGAGUGCGAGGCUGCUUUCAGACAUCUGAAGCAUGCGUUGACGCACUACGAAGUCUUGAAACUUCCUGAUCCUGAUAAGCCGUUUAUAGUCACCACGGAUGCCAGCCAAUAUGGCAUUGGCGCCGUGCUCGCGCAGCAGGAGGGGCCAAAGUUGAGGCCGGUAGAGUACAUGUCCAAGAAAAUGUCGUCUCAGAAGUUGGCUAAGUCCACCUAUGAGAAGGAACUCUAUGCGGUGUACAAGGCUCUCACCUAUUGGAGACACUAUCUCCUUGGGAGGUUCUUCAUCCUCGGGACUGAUCAUCAGACCCUGAGAACGAUGAGAACUCAGCCGGUGCUCUCUGACGCUCUCAAGCGUUGGAUCGAAGUCAUUGAGCAAUAUGACUUUGACCCUCAGUAUCUGAAAGGGGAGUACAACAAGGUUGCGGAUGCCUUGUCGCGUAGACCUAAUUUCUCAGGUGCGCUGAUUACUAAGUUUGAUCUGACGGACAAUGUUACUCAGUCCUUGGUGGAAGCCUAUCGCGAGGACCAGUUCAUGUCUGAGAUCAUCCGCAGACUCCAGACGAAGGACAAGAAGACCUCUGCCGAGUUUGAGUUGGUCAAUUACUUGUUCAAGUAUGCUAGGUUAGUGGCAAUGCCGGAAACAACAAGAACGGAGUAUGUAAUCAGAAUGUUCAAAGAGAACUGGGUCAGGGACUUUGGUUUAUCGAAGUCUAUUGUUAGUGACAGGGAUGUCCGGUUUACCAGCGAGUUGUGGAAGCCCGCUGCUGCAGAACAGGGAACUCAGUUGCAGAUGACUUCUGGGAAUCACCCAGAGGCCAACGGUCAAGCCAAGCAACUGAACCGCAUUGUACAACACCUGUUGAGGCAUUACAUCAAGCCCAACCAGGUGGACUGGGAUGAGAAACUUGCUCUCAUCGCCAGCUUGUACAACAACGUUGUACACAGCGCCACCGGGGUGAGCCCAAACAGCUUACUGCUAACAUUUAAGCCUAGACUGCCCCUAGACUUUCUUCUUCCUGAGAAUCAAUCCAUUGCUGCACCAGGUACCUUAGAAUUUGCUUACCUCUAUAAACAGAAGAUGCAUCAGGCUGUAGAACAGAUGCAGAAGGCGCAGGCUGCAAUGAUGGAGUCUGAAAAUAGACACCGCCGGCCUUUUACAUUUCACGUUGGGGAUAGGGUCUGGGUUAAGUCUUCAAAACUGGGACAAGAGCACGAGAUCUCCCGCAAACUCAUGCCCCAAUACUUUGGACCCUGGGAAGUCUUGGACAUCGUUGGGACAGAUCCGGAUGGGCCAUCUUAUGUUAUCCGGGUCCCUGGUCAUCUCCGUACUUACCAUGUCUUUCAUGCCUCCAAGCUGGCACCUUUCAAAGAGACUGAUCAGUUUUCUUCUCGUCGCUCAAUGCUGCCCCCAACCAUGGACGGAGAAGUGGAAAUCGAUGACAUCGUGGAUCACAGGGAGCUGCCAGCUCAGAGACCUGCAGGAAGGGGACGUCCUCCAAAACCGAAGCUGCAGUAUCGCGUUCGGUUCAGACAUCAUACUAAUCCCAAGGAGGACCGUUGGUUCACGAGAGAAGAACUCAUGCAGACCUCUCCUCAAUUUGUAGCCCACUAUGAGAAAUCUCUGCAGAAGGGAAAGCGCCCCAUGAUUGAAGACUGAGCUUCUCAGAGGACUGUUGAAGCUAAGGAGGGAAUGCGAGGCCAUUGCCUCG